UCCCCAGCGGCAGUAGUGGCCAUGAUGAUCGUGCCCGUGCCGAGCAGGCCGAUGGAGGGCCAGGACGUGACACUGACCGUACCGGGCUACCCCAAGGACCUGCUGGUCUACGCCUGGUACCGCGGGCCUGCCUCCGAGCCCAACCGGCUGCUCAGCCAACUGCCGUCGGGGAACUGGAUUGCAGGCCCCGCGCACACAGGCCGGGAGGUGGGCUUCCCCAGCUGCUCGCUGCUGGCGCAGAAGCUGAGCCUCACAGACGCCAGCCGCUACACACUCAAGACUGUCACACUGCAGGGCAAGACUGAGACGCUGGAAGUGGAGCUGCAGGUGGCCCACCUGGAGUAGCAUCGUGGCCCUGGAGACCUCCAGAGAGAUGAGCGCUUUGUGCCACCCUCCUCGUCUCCUCCCCCUGAGCGGAGGACCUCUCGCUUCUAGCAAGAAUGCCGGACCAUGGCCCACUUUUCUCCUGUUUCCAACCUAGAGUUAGAGCCACCAGGGCCCUACUCCUUCACUGAGCUGUCAGAGAGCCACAGAGUUCAUAAACGUCCUGGUUAACACA